AUGGCCCCAGUCGGCCUGUGGAUGCUUCAGGGUGGGCCCGGGAGGGGGCGUCGAGCCCAGUGCGCCGUAUCCCUCCGCCCCUUCCCGACACCCUCGAGGCGAGCUGCUCCUGCCGCAUCCUGCGCAGCAGCCCCUGCCCGUUUGGUGCAGAGGCGUGGGGGCGGGACGCGGCUCUGCCAUCGCACUCGCGCGCAAAGCGGCGGCGGCGAGAGCACUGUGCGAGGAGCUGCGGAGGACGGAGCACGGGCGGGAGCAGACGGGGACGCGGGGGAGCCCGGAGACCUGGGCCGUGCGCCUGGCCAGGCCUGCUUUAAGGCUGGUAGUUCUUCAAGAAAGAAAGGAGGCGUCGAGGAGACUGUCUCAGAUCUCUGGAGGUUGGUGAGACCCAGGGGCAGUGGAGGAUCCAGGCCUGCUUUAAGGCUGGUAGUUCUGCAAGAAAGAAAGAAGACAUCGAGGAGACUGUCUCAGAUCUCUGGAGGUUGGCCUGCUUUAAGGCUGGUAGUUCUGCAAGUAAGAAAGAAGACAUCGAGGAGACUGUCUCAGGUCUCUCAGGUUGGUGAGACCCAGGGGCAGUGGAGGAUCCAGGCCUGCUUUAAGGCUGGUAGUUCUUCAAGAAAGAAAGGAGGCGUCGAGGAGACUGUCUCAGAUCUCUGGAGGUUGGUGAGACCCAGGGGCAGUGGAGGAUCCAGGCCUGCUUUAAGGCUGGUAGUUCUGCAAGAAAGAAAGAAGACAUCGAGGAGACUGUCUCAGAUCUCUCAGGUUGGUGAGAAUCAGGGGCAGUGCAGGAUCCAGGCCUGCUUUAAGGCUGGUAGUUCUGCAAGAAAGAAAGAAGACAUCGAGGAGACUGUCUCAGAUCUCUGGAGGUUGGUGAGACCCAGGGGCAGUGGAGGAUCCAGGCCUGCUUUAAGGCUGGUAGUUCUGCAAGUAAGAAAGAAGACAUCGAGGAGACGGUCUCAGGUCUCUCAGGUUGGUGAGACCCAGGGGCAGUGCAGGAUCCAGGUACUGAGGAGACAAGUGCAGACUGCUGUAACCCAAGAGGGACUCCCUGCCCUUCUCUGUUGGUCUUAACACCACCUGAACAUAGAAAAGAGGAGGGAAUCGCCCCACAUCGGUGAAGACCAGCUGCAGUGGCUGCUUGGUGGUGCCGGGGUUGCUGCUGACCAGCGCAGUCAACAGGUCUGCACCCACCUGGGACCUGUCCAUCCUCCUCUGGCUUGGUUUCGCCUCUUCUGCACUGUAUCUGUGUUAUGGACUGAGAUUGUGCUUGGGUAGGAGCCUCCUUGAGUGCCGGAUUGGUGGUUUAUCCCUGCUACUCACUCAUCCAAAGAUCAGUGUGUGAAGAUACAGUACUGUGGCAGAUCUAUUGUUGAGACUGAGGCUUUGGUGGCAACAAAAUUCUGCAACUAGACAGUGGGGAUGGUUGCAGCACCCUUGAGAAUUUACUUAUGUCACUGAAUUGUACACUGUAAACUGAUUAAAAUGGCCAAGCACUCUUAGAGAGCAAGCCCCCAGGCUUCAGGCUGGAAGCUUUGACUACUAAUCCAGCUAGCCUUCUGACCAUUUUCAAGGUGGAUAUCUGAUUUUCCCAGCACCGAAAUUGAAAAUAUUGUCACUUCUUUUUUUGAAAAGAAAUUUUAAUUGCAUUUUUUUCGUGUGUGUGUGUGUGUGUGUGUGUGUGUGUGUGUGUGUGUGUGUGUGUGUGAUUUUUGAAGGAGGUUCACGUGGAAGUCAGAGGACAUCUUUCAGGAGUCAGGUUUUCUUUCCAUCAUGUGGAUCCUGGGGAUUGUUGAGGAAUACACUGUAAAGAUGUGUCUUUGCCUAAGGCACCUUCUGAUUGGUUUAAUGAAGAGCUGAAUGGCCAAUAGCUAGACAGGAAAGUAUAGGCCAGACUUCCGGGCAGAGAGAAAACUCUGGGAAGAAGAAAGGCAGAUUCUCUAGUGAGAUGCCAGGGAGACACUGAAGAGGUUGGACAUACUGUGCAGAAUAGAGGUAACCUAGCCACAUGGCAGAAUAUAGAUUAAUAAAAGCUGGUUAAUUUAAGUUAUAAGAGCUAGUGGAACAAUCCUAAACUAAGGCCAGGCUUUCAUAAUUAAUAAUAAGUCUCCAUGUCAUUAUCUGUGGACUGGCGGUCCACAGAAAGGCUGACAAGAACGCUUGCUACAGUUGUCAGGUUUGACAAUAAGUGCCUUUGCCUGCUGAGCUGUCUUGCCAGCCCCUGUGUUCUUUCUUUAUUGUGUAUUCUUAGCACCUUUGUAAAAAUUCAGUUGGCUAUAGAUGCACAAAUUUCAUUCUAGGCUUUUUAAUCCAGUCCAUGUGUCUGCUUUGAUGCCAAUAUCAUGUAAUUUGGUAACUGUUGGUUUGUAGUCUGUUUUAGCUCAGGUAGUGUGAUGACUCCAGCUUUGUUCUUUUUGUGCUGUUUGGCUUCAGCUAACAAGUUCUUUUGUUGUUUUUUAAAACUUAUUUUUGUAUAUUUUAAUUAAAAUAUCACUUUAUCACUUUGUACCUUUUCUUUGUUUCCUUCAGUCCCUCAUAAGUUUCCUCCCUCCAACUCCUACCAUAAACCCACACUGUCAAAUUGAUAGCCUCUUCUUCACUGAUUAUUAUUAUUAGUGUGUGUGUGUGUGUGUGUGUGUGUGUGUGUGUGUGUGUGUGUGUGCAUGCGCGUGUGCACACACACACGUACAAAUAUAUAAAUACAUCUCACUGGUUAUGUUUUUGUUUAUUGUGUGUAUAUGGCUUCAGGGCUGACCACUUUUUAUUGGAUGGCCAAUUACUUAGCUCAUCUCUGGGAGAGGCUAAUUCUCCCUCUCUCAGCAGUCAUCAUCAUGUCUGUAAUUCCUUGUACCAUGAUGUGAUCCUGUGAGAUUUUUCCCCCAUCUGCCUUAGCAUGUCCAUUGAUAUUGCCGUUCUUCAGAUCUUGUUCAUGCAUCCAUUUCUAUUGGAGACUUCCUGAUACUCUGGUUUUAAAAAUCUUUCAUCUCCCUCUUCUAUGAUGUUUCCCGAACCAUAGAUGAAGGAACUGUGAUGUGCACACACACACACACACACACACACACACACACACACACACACACACGCACACGCACACGCACACGCACACACUGAGGUGAAACUCCCCAGGAUUCAUUGAUCUCUGCAUGUGUCCAGUUGUGGCUUUCUGUGAUAGUUUCCAUUUGCUGAAAAGAGAAGCUUCUUUGAUGAGGGGUGGUAGCUUAUUUAGUUUCUGUGGUUACUCCAUGUUAUAUACUCAUUCAUGAAAAUUUGGAGCUAGAAACUGCAGAUGAGAAAGAAUGUGUAACAUUUGUCUUUCUGGGUCUGAGUUACUUCAUUCAAUAAGUCUUUUCUAGGUCUAUGCAUUUACCCACAAAUUUCAUUUUUCUUUAUAGCUGCAUAGUGUUCCAUUGUGUGCACAUCUUCAUUAUCCAUUAAUCUAUUGAGGUACAUUUAGGUUGCUUCCAUUUCCUAGUUAUUUGAUUAGGGUGGCAAUAAGCAUGGCUGAGCAAUUAUCUGUGGAGUGAGAUUUUGAGUCCUUUGGAUGUAUGCCAAGGAAUGAUACAGCUAGGUCAUAUGGUAGAUUUACUUUUAGUAUUUUGAGAAUUCUCCAUACUGGUUUCCAGAGUGGCUGCACCAAUAUGCAUUCCCACCAACAAUGAAUGAGGUUCCAUUUUCUCACAACUGUGCCAACAUUUGUUGUCAUUUCUUUUGUUUAUCUUAGCCAUUCAGACUGGGGUAAAAUUAAACAUCAAAGUUGUUUUCAUUUGCAUUUCCCUAAUUUCUAAGGAUGAUGAACAUUUUUGAGGUAUUUUUUAGCCCUUAUUUUAUUUCUUCUUCUUUGUUUAGAUCCUUAGCCCAUUUUUAAUCAAGUCAUUUAUUUCAUUGACAUUUUUUGAGUUCUUUGUACAAUUUAGCUCGGACCCUCCUUUUCUUACAGCCUUACUAACUUUAUAGACCUCUAACUCCUUACCUAACCACUACUAGGAAUAUUUAGAUAACCUUCUGCGCUGACAGCUAUGCACAGCCAGAACCCCAGUUCAAGCCUCCCUGUAAUUAUCGUCAUUGGCAGCAUCUGGCCAGGUCCAUCCCCAGAUGGAGGAAAGUACCUUAUAAGAGAUACCUCUGUACUCUCUAAGAACAGACUUAAGCAUUCAGGCUACCCGUUUGCGAGGGCCUGGAGAAUGUGCCAAUUAAGCUUAACUCUCUCCUUUCCAAAGUCUUAUCUCUAGCUUUAGAUCCACCCUUAACAAUUAACUCAGAACUAAAGGGUUCCAACUUACAGGUACAUCUAGCUGUGAUGGAAGUUGCCUAGCCAAGUUGCCUAGUGAUGGAGCACACUCACCAGAAAUGGCGGGAGCAGAGAUAGUUUGGAGAGAUAAGGGUCAAAGGGAUAAAAAGACAGUUUUAUUUUCAGAGGAGGAGGAUAGAACUUAGAGGUAUGAGGAGACAGAGAGGAAGAGAGGAGUGGAGAACUUGAGGAUGGAGAACUGAGAGGGAUAAGAAGGAUUUUGACCAGAGAGAAUGUGUGGAUGAGAUGGAAGAUGAGGAAGAUCCAAAUGGGGAAGUAAGUACUAGCUGGCUAAGAACAAGAUGAGAAGGACCUAGAUGAGGCAGAAUUAAGAUGAGAGAAUUAAGAUAGAAUUUAGAGGGAACAGUAGAUAAAGAUAGAGAGAAAUCAGGCAAGAAAGGAGCUAGGCACGAGAACAGAACUGAAGCUGUGUAGAUAGGAUUUUAUCUCAGAGGAAUAAAGUAGACGGACAAAGAGCUUGGUGUACUUAGAUUCAUUUCCCAAAAAUAAUUCUCACCAUUCAUAGUUCUCUCUCCUGAGCCCUUGGGAAGUAUAAUAUUAAGGCUGGUCCUUUUAAUAUUAUACAAGUAUAGGUUCUUCUCUAGGCUCCAUGAUCUCACCAGUGACAGGUUUACACUACCAGGCACAAGAUUCUUUCUCUUAAGCAGGCCUUACUAAGUUCAAUUAGAAAGUUGUUGACUAUCCUUCACGAUAUAUGCUCCACUAUUGCACACUUGGGGUAUCUUGGUCUUCUGGUAAUUGUUGUGGUUCCUAGGCAUUACAACUCGGUAGGGCUAUUGAUUGUUGUCCUUUGUUGGCAUUGGCAGUGCACAGCACCUUUGGAGACUAUGUAAGCUAGUCUUCAGGAAGGAAGCCUCCAGGUCAGAUACAGCUCAGUUCCUCCAAGUCCUGUUUGAAAUGUAUGGUGUCUUCAGAAACGGGGUUUUGUCUUCAGGUUCAGGGCAAUUGCAAUAGCCUCUGUUGCUUGGGAAUCUCAUGAACUAACAACUCGAAGGAAAGUUUUCCAUGCCUAGCAGUGGGAUUUUUGUUAGAUGGUCUAUGGUUUUUUAGGGGAAGCCUUAUCCCUCCCAACUGUCAUAACUGCAUGCAAACUGUGUGUGUACACUUAAAUAUUACACAUAUAUAUUAAGUAAAUAUAUGACAUUUCAAACAUCCUUAGUAUUAUUUAUCUCUUACUUCCUCUCCCUCUGUAUUGCCCUCCCUCCCUUCUCCCCACUUAAAGCCCCCUCAUUUUUCCCAUUUACCCAUUCAUAGUACCUGCGCCUACCCCUCUCUCUAGAGUACCCCUCCCCAUGGUCCCUUUUCACUUUCCUGGUUUCUGCAGUUACUCCAGGUUAUAUAUUGAUGUCUAAAGAUGCUGAGUUAGGAUCCCUAAAUAAGAGACAACAUGCAAUGUUUGUCUUUCUUUGUCUGAGUAACCUCACUCAAUUGAAUAUUUUCUAGUUCCAUCUACUUAUCUACGAAUUUUAUGGUUUCAUUUUUCUAUAUAGAUGACAGAAUUUCAUUGUGUAUGUGUGCCAUAUUUUCUACUUCUACCACUUUCAGUGUUUCUGGUUUUACUUUGGAGUCUUUUGUCCAUUUGAAGUUUAUGUUUGUGCAGGUUGAAAAAUAUGAUUCUAUUUUAAUUCUUCUACAUAUGGACAUCUAAUGUCCCUAGUACUGUUUGUUGCUGUCUUUCCUCCGGGGUGUUUAUUGGUAUCUUUGUGAAAUAUCAGAGGGCUAUAGUUACAUAUACUCGUUUGAGACUUUUAUUGUAUUCUACUGAUCUCUAUCUGUUUUAUGCUAGUAUCAGGAUGUUUUUAUAGCUCUGUAGCCUGUCUUCAAAUCUAGCAUGGUAAUCUUUCCAGCAUUGUUCUUUUUGCUCAGGAUUGCUUUUGCUAUCGAGGGUCUUUUGCAGUUGUAUAUGAAUUUUAGAAUUUUUUUCUAUUUCUGUGAAGAAUGUUGUGGGAAUUUUGAUUUGGGGUUGCAUGAAUAUGUAAAUUGCUUUUGGUAGGAUAGUCAUUCUCACAGCAUUAAUUCUACAAAUUCAUGAACCGGGGAGGUUUUUUCAUCCUCUAGUGGCCUUUUCAAUCUCUUUCUUCAAAUAUUUAAAGUUUUCAAUGUAGCAGUCUUCCACCCCUUGUUUAGGACUCUUUUUAAAGUCAAUUUUGAGUGCCAAGUUUCUAUGCUCCCUUUCUCAUCACAUUUGUUAUUGGCAUCUAGAAAAGCUACUGAAUUUUAAAGUUGAUUUUGUAAUCUGCCACAUUUCUGAAGUGUUGAUCAUUUCUAAAAAGUUUUCUGGUAGAAUUUUUGUUAUAUCAUGUAUUAGAACAUAUCAUCUGCAAAUAGGGAUGAUUCGAUUUCUUUUCCUAUUUGUAUGUCUUUAAUUUCCUUCUGUUGUCUUAUGGCUCCAGCCAGCGCUGCUUUGUAGCUGAAGUUUUCUCCAGUCCCGCCCAGGCCCACAGCCACUCAGACUCAAAUAAACACACAGAGGCUUAUAUUAAUUAAAACUGUAUGGCUUAAUGGCUCAGACUUGUUAGCUAGAUCUUACAUCUUAAAUUAACCCAUUUUUAUAAAUCUAUACCUUGCCUGCCUCAUGGCUCAUGGCUUACAGGUAUCUUUAUGUCUUGUUUUUUAUGGUGGUGGCUGGCAGUGUCUCUCUGUUUUUGUUUUUUAGUUAGACUGUCCCGCCUAUACUAUACUUCCUGUCUGGCUACUGGCCAAUCAACAUUUUAUUUAUCAACCUUCUUCAUUCACUGUAUUGAAAAGGAGUGAUGAUAAUGGACAGCCAUGUCUCACUUCUGAUUUUAAUGGGAUUUCUUUGAGUUUUUUUCAUUAAGGAUAAAUGUUGGCUUUGGGUUUGUCGUAUAUGGCCCAUUUUUAUGUUUUAUUUCAUUUAAUGACUUAUGUAUGUUGAACCAUCCUUGCUUCUCUGAGAUAAAGCCAAUUUGAUCGUGGUAUAUGAUCUUUUUGAUAUAUUUUUAUUCAGUUUGCAAGUAUUUUAUUGAGGAUUUUUGUAUAUAUGUUCAUCAGGGAUAUUGGCUUUAGUAUUGUUGUUAUGUCUUUACUGGAUUUAGUAUUAGACUAAUACUGGCUUCAUAGAGGGAACUUUGAAAAAUACCGUCUAUUCCUAAUUUUUUGAAUAAUUUAAGAAGUAUUAAUCCUGCAGUGAGACCUUUUGGCCUGGAUUUUGUUUUGUUUGUUUGUUUUGGGUUUCUUUGUUUUUGUUUUUUGGAAGGCAUUUAAAUUACUGUUUCAAUUUUCUCAUUCCUUGUGUCUGUUUAAGUUCUUUCUUUUUUAGACUUUUUUUUUAUCGAUUCUAAAUAAGCUAACUAACAUACAAAAAGAAAAGGGAAAAAAAGUCUGGUCAUGGAAGUUGUAGUGUGACACUGUGAGCCACAUAUUAUAUGCUUUAGUCCAUAUAUCUUUACUUAACUGUUUGUUGCAAUGAGUCAUUGGUCUGGUUCAAAAUCUCUGGCUGCUACUACGUCCUCCAUACUGGGCCCUCACUGGGACUCCUCUUUGAUAUUCUGUUGUUGCCCUGUGUCGUGGAGAUCCUACAGCUUUGGAUCUCCAGGUCUGGCCCCUUUAAGUGCUCCAGCAGUUCAUAGAUAAGGUGAAUGUUGGGGUGGGCCAACUCAUAGCCCUGGUUCUGGGCCUAGGUGGUAGCUGGGUUGGUCAGCCUGCUAGCUUUACCUCAUCACCACCACCAGUGCAAGCUCUCCACCAUUGACCCGGAUAGCUGACCCACUAUAACAGACAGCAAGGAGAAGGGCCAGUUCUCGUGCCCUCAUGCUCUGGGGGGAUGGCUCACCCACACCCACACCCAUGCCACCAGGGCCAGCUAUACUGUUUUGCCCAGGCAAAAUGCAGGGCUGCUGCAGUUGGUGAGGUGCAGAGCCAGCUCUCUGGCUCCUGUGCCCCCAAGGCCAGCUCUCCUGCCUGCCACAGGUGGCAAGGAGUGUGUGUGUGUGGUGGGGGCAUCUUUCUCUUACCCAUGCUACCGCAUGGCAGAUGAGGGAGAGUGGGGUCAUCUCUCCUGCUCUCAUACCUUCAGGGCCAACUCACCUGCACCUGGCCCAACAAGGUCAGCUCUACUGUGUUGCCCAGGUGAGGUGUAGGGCUCACUCUCCCAAGUACGGCACCCAGUGAGAGGCAGGGCCAGCUCUCCCACUCACCAGAGAUAGUGAGGGGCAGGGGAUGGAGGAGGGCAGAUGAGGGGUGGGGUUAGAUCUCUCACACACUUAGGGCCGGAUCUCCUGUGCCCCUGUCAACAGGGUCAGUUCUAGUGUAUUACUCAAGCGAGGUGCAAGACCUGUUCUCCCAAGUGCUGCACCUGGUGAGGAGCAGGGUCAACUCACCCACUCUUGUUUCCUCAGGAUCAGCUUUCCUGUCUGCAGUAGGUGUUGAGAGGCAAGGGGCGGCACUAUUUAAGUUCUUGAUCUCUUCUUGCUUUAACCUCAGUGGUUUGGAUAAAUCUAGGAAUUCAUCCAUUUCUUUUGGAUUUUCUAACUUAAUGAGUAUAGUUUUUAAAAAGUAUUCCCUUGUAAUAUUCUAAAUUUAUCUGGUGCCUGUUAUACUGUUUUCUGGUUUAUCUCUGAUUCUUUUAAUUUGGGUCAUUUCUUUCUUUUGGUUAAUAGGGCCAGUGAUCUGUCAAUCUCGUUUACCUCCUCAGAGAUUCAGCUCUUAGAUUUGUUAUUUCUCUGUAUUGUUUUCUUUUAUUUUUCAUUAUUUCUUAUCCUCUACUGGUUUUGGGUUUGGUUUCUUUUCAUUUUUCCAAAUUCUUGAAGGUUUGUCAUUAAGGCAUUUGUGCUAUUUCUGAUUUUUUAAAUAUAAGUGCUUAGAACUAUAAAUUUCCUCCUUAGGAUUGCUUUUAAUGUGUCCCAGAGGUUUUGUUUUGUUGUGUUGUCAUUUUCAUUUAAUCUCAGCCUAUCCUAGAGAGUAAGUUCAAUUUCUUGUAGGUGGCAAAAGCUUGAGUUUCUUGUAGACAACAAGAUGAUUUUGUUUCUUAAUUCAUUUAAGUAACCUGUGUACUUUGAUUGGCGAGUUGAGGCCACUAAUAUUUUUAAAGUUAUUAUUGAAAAGUGCGUGUUAAUUGCAGUCAUUUUUUAAAAUUUUUGUAGUUGUUUCUUGUUUGUGUUCUUAGUCAUACUUUGUGUCUCAGUACUUAGGACUAAGUUUAUUUUCUUCCUAUAGUUUCUUGGCUAUGUUUAUUUCUGUCUUUAGUCUGAAGCAUUGCUUCCAGUAUUCUCUAUAGGGCUAGUUUGGUGGACAUAUUUUUUUAGCAUAUAUUUACAUCAUGGAAAGAUUGUCUCUGUCCUUCAACUGCAGCAUAUAGUUUUGCUUGGUAAAGUAGUCUAAGGCCUUAGAACUUGGAGUGCAUUGCUCCAAGCUCCUCUGGCUGUAAAGUUUUCUAUUGAGAAAUAAGCUAUUUUUUUGGAUGGGUUUUCCUUCAUAUGUGACUAUGGCUCUUCUCUUGCGGCUCUCAUAUCCUCUAUUUAUAGAUUCUGUAUUAGUGUUUUAACUAUAAUAUGCCACUGGAAUUUAUUACCUGGUCCUGUCUAGUUGGUGUUCUGUGUGCUUUAUUUGGGUAUGUCCUUAAUUUGGGGAUUUUUUAUUCCAUGAGCCUUUUGAAGAUCUCGUCUAUGCCUUUGACCCAGGAUUCUUCUCCUUCUGUGCUCACAAUUCAGAAAUAUUGUCUUUUCAAGGUUUCCUAGAGUUCCUGGGUGUUUUCUCUCUGUGAUUUGUUUGUUUGUUUUUUCAUUUUAUUUGCUUGAUUAGUUCAAUUCCUCUACUUCUUCAAGGCUUGAUAGUAUUUUUUGUGUAUUAUCUAUUUAGUUUUUAUAACAAUAGUUUUAGGUAAGCCUAUUCCCCCACAUACCAAAAAAUAAAAAUAAAAUAAAGAUGCAAAAUUUUAGGCACAACUAGUGAAUGACAAAAGCUGAAUUUGACAAUAGCAGUCUUACUGAGAGUAAAAAAAAUAUAUUGUACGAGCCAUGAAUUCUUAAAUUCUUAAAAUUUUUUUAUUUAUUCUUCUCUCAUAUAUUAUAUCCCCACUGAAGUUUCUCCUCUCCUCUCUCUUCCAAGCCCCACCCACCUCCCCUCUCCUCCUGAUCUACUUCUCCUCCUCCUUUCUCUUCAGAAAAGGGCAGGCUCCCCCAGGAAUAUCAACCAAACAUGGCAUGUCAGUCUAUAAUAAAACUAGACACAUCCCUUUAUAUCAAGGCUGGAGGAGGCAACUCAGUAGGAGGAAAAGGGUCCCAAAAGCAGGCAAAAGAAUCAGAGACAGCCCCUGCAAGCACUGUUAGGAGUCCCACAGGAACACCAAGCUGCACAACCAUAACACAUAUGCAGAAGAUGUAGGUCAGACUCAGGCAGGCUCCCUGAUUGUUGGUUGAGUCUCUGUGAACCCCUAUGAGUCCUGGUUAGUUGAUUCUGUGGAAUGUUUUGUUGUAGUGUCCUUGACCCCUAUGACUCCUACAAUCCUUCCUCUUCCUCUUCCUCAGGUUUCCCUGAGCUCCACCCAAUUGUUGGCUGUGGGUCUCUGCAUCUGCUCCCAUCAGUUGCUGGAUGAAGACUCUCUGAUGAUGAUUGGGCUAGGCUCAGGUCUAUGAGGAUAACAGAAUAUCAUUAAGAAUCAUUUCAUUGAUUUUUUUUCUGUUCCUGUUUGGUUCUAUCCUUGGUCUCUGGUUUCUGGCCCUCCAGGCAGUGUCUGGCAUGGGCUCCCUCUUGUGGCAUGGAUCUCAAUUUGGACCAGUCAUUGCUUGGCUGCUUCCACAAGUUCUGCGCCACCUUUACCCCAGCACAUCUUGCAGGCAGGACCAAUUGUAGGCCAAAGGUUUUGUGGCGGGGUUGGUGUCCCAAACCCUCCACUGAAAGACUUGCCUGGUUAUAGAAGAUGAACAUUUCAGACUCCAUAUACCCCAUUACUAGGAGUCUUCUCUAGGGUCACCCUCGUGGCUUCCUAGGGGUUUCCAUUGCUGUAGGUUUCUACCUUGCCUCCGAAAUGUCCCCCAGUUCCAGUCAUCUCUCCUAGUACUCUCUCCCUCCAACCCCUACUUAAUCCAUCCUGUACCUAUCCCCACCUGUCCCCAGUCUCCUCACAAAAUCUAUUCUAUUUCCCCUACCCAGAGAGAUCCAUGUGUUCCCACUUGAGCCAUCCUUGUUACUUAGCUUCUCUGAGUCUGUGGAUUGUAGCAUAGUUAUCCUUUAUUUUACAUCUAGUAUCCUCCUAUGAGUGAGUACAUACCAUGUUUGUCUUUCUGGGUCUGUUACCUCACUCAGGAUGAUUUUUUUCUAGUUCCAUCCAUUUGCCUGCAAAUUUCAUGAUUUUAUUUUUUCUUUUUUAAAACAUUUUAAUUAUUAAGAAAUUUUGUAUUCAUUUUACAUACCAACCACAGAUCCCCCCUCCCUCUUCCCACUCCUAAGCCUUCCCCCUCAACCCAUCCCCCAUUCCCACCUCCUCCAAGUCAAGGUCUCCCAUGGGGAGUCAGCAGAGACUGGCACAUUCAGAUGAGGCAGGUCCAAGCUCCCCCCCCCCCCCCCCCCCCGCACCAAGGCUGCACAAGGUGUCACACCUUAGGCACUAGACUCCAAAAAGCUGGCUCAUGCACCAGAGACAGAUCCCGAUCCCCCUGCCUGCAGGCCCCUUAAACAGUUCAAGCUAAGCAACAGUCUUGCAUCUCCAUACGGCCUAGUCCAGUCCCAUGGGGGCUCUUCAGCUAUUGGUCUACAGUUCAUGGGUUUCCACUAGUUUGGCUGGCUGUCUCUGUACGUUUUCCCAUCAUGAUCUCAAUGUCCCUUGCUUAUAGAAUCCCUCCUCUCUCAUUGAUUGGACUCCUGGAGCUUGGCCUGGCGCCCGGCCAUAGAUCUCUGUAUCUGCUUCCAUUAGUUACUGGAUGAAGGCUCUAUGAUAACAGGGUAUUCACUAAUCUGGUUACUGCAGUAGACCAGUUCAGGCACGCUCUCAACUAUUGCUAGUAGUCUAAGGUGGAGUCAUCCUUAUGGAUUCCUGGGAACUUCCCUAGCGCCCUGUUUAUCCCUAUUUCCAUGAUGUCUUCAUUUAUCAUGUUAUCUCUUUUCUUGCUCUCCCACUCUGUCCCUGUUCCAGCUCGAACAUCCCAUUUCCUUAUGUUCUCAUCCUCCAUUCAUUGCCCUCUAUUACCUGCCCCCCUCACCCCCAGUUUGUUCAUAUAGAUCUCAUCUAUUUCUCCUUCGCUGGGCUAUCUAUGUGUCCCUCUUAGGGUCCUCCUUGUUAGCUAGCUUCUCUGGAGCUGUGGGUUGUAGUCUGGUUAUCCUUUGCUUUACAUCUAGUAUCCACUUAUGAAUGAAUACAUACCAUGUUUGUCCUUCUGAGUCUGGGUUACCUCACUCAAGAUGAUAUUUUCUAGUUCCAUCCAUUUGCCUACAAAUAUCAUGAUAUCAUUAUUUUUUACUGCUGAGUAGUACUCCAUUGUGUAUAUGUGCCACAUUUUCUUUAUCCAUUCUUUGGUUGAGGGGCAUCUAGGUUGUUUCCAGGUUCUGGCUAUUACGAAUAACGCUGCUAUGAACAUAGUUGAGCAUCUGUCCCUGCGGUAUGAUUGAGCAUUCCUUGGGUAUAUGCUCAAGAGUGGUAUAGCUGGGUCUUGAGGAAGAUUGAUUCCCAAUUUUCUGAAAAACCACGAUACUGAUUUCCAAAGUGGCUAUAGAAGUUUGCAUUCCCACCAACAGUGGAGGAGUGUUCCCCUUGCUCCGUAUCCUCUCCAACAUAAGCUGUCUUCAGUGUUUUUGAUCAUAACCAUUCUGACAGGUAUAAGAUGGUAUCUCACAGUCAUUUAGAUUUGCAUUUUGCUGAUGAUUAAGGAUGUUGAGCAAUUCCUUAAAUGUCUUUCAGUCAUUUGAGAUUCUUCUGUUGAGAAUUAUCUGUUUAGCUCUGUAGCCCAUUUUUAAAUUGGAUUGUUCAGUAUUUCGAUGUCUAGUUUUUUGAAUUCUUUAUAUAUUUUGGAGAUCAGCCCUCUGUCAGAUGUGGGGUUGGUGAAGAUCUUUUCCCAUUCUGUAGGCUGUUGUUUUGUCUUUUAUUUUUCCGGAGACAGGGUUUCUCUGUGUAGUUUUGGUGCAUGUCCUGGAGCUCACUUUGUAGACCAGGCUGGCCUCGAACUCACAGAGAUCCACCUGGCUCUGCCUCCCAAGUGCUGGGAUUAAAGGGGUGCACCACCACCGCCUCGCGUUGUUUUAUCUUUUUAACAGCUGAGUAAUACUCCCUUGUGUACAUCCCUCCCCCACCCCCUUUCUUACCAUAUUUUCUUUAUCCAUUCUUCAGUUGAAGGACAUAUAGGUUGUUUCCAGUUUCUGGCUAUUAUGAAUAAUUAUGCUAUGAACAUACUUGAGCAAGUAUCCUUGUGGUAGGAUGGAGCAUCCUUUUGGGAUCCUUUGCUCAGGAGUGGUAUAGCUGAGUCUUGAGGUAGAUCGAUUUUUUAAGGAAUCUCCAUAUUGAUUCCCAUAGUGGCUGUACAAGUUUGCACUCCCACAAGCAAUGGAGAGAUGCUCUCUUGCUCUACAUCCUUGCCAGCAUGAGCUGUCACUUGUGGUUUUGAUCUUAGCUAUUUGACAGGUGCAAGACGGAAUCUCAGAGUCACUUUGAUAUUCUAUCUUCUACUUGAACCAUUCUGCUUGUAAGGCUUUUCCCUGUAUUUUGUAAUUGUGUUAUUGAGUUUUUCAAGUCCAUCUUCAUUUCAGCUUGAAUUCUCAUCAAUAUUUCUAUCUCUUUACUGAAUUCAGUUUUCAAAUCUUGGAGUUCAUCAGUUCAUUCAGCUGUAUGUUUGUAUUUUUAGACAUCAUUUAAGCAUUUAUUUCUGUACUCUAUAUGUUCACUGGGGCUUUUGUUCAUGUCUUUUUUAAACACUUUGAAUUCUUGAUGAAAUUUAUGACAGUUCUUUUAAAUUAUGUGUUCUGGUAUUUAUUGGGGUAAUUUUCAGUGAAGAACAUUUCUAUAAGACUAGUAGCUUAUAGAAGGGGAGGGGAGGAGCGCAUACAAUUUUUAUAUUGUUUGUGUUUUUGUGAUGUGCCUGGGUAUGUGGACUCAUUUCAUUGGUUGUAUGUCUGGUAUCAGGUUCUAGCUUACCUGAGACUGGGCUGGUGCCGGAGCUGCAUAUCUGUAGCUAGGCAGGAGAGUAUGGGGAUGACAUUGGCAGGUGAGGUUCUGAGGAGCUCACCAGGCAAGGCAGGUGCAGGAACUGCAUUUCUAGAGCUAGAGCCUGGCUCAGGAAAGCACAGAUAGCUCAGGUGGUGUUCAUUCUUGGAGAACUCAACAGGAAAUACUAGUGCAGAAGCUGCACAGUUAAAGCUAAGUGUGAGAGUGUGGGAAUGGUGCUGAAGGGAGGGUUCUCGGAGAGCUCACCAGGCAAAGUGAGUGUGUGACAUGUGCAUUCAGGGUUAGGCCUGAGUGUGUGGAGAUGAUGUGGGCAGUCUUGGUUUUCUAUUGAACUUUAACUGUCUUAAUCUUGUACAGAUAUUGUGCAGAAACCACAGGUGCUGUGUCCUUGAGUCCAUGUUACAUCCAGAAGACAGAUAGUAUUUCACAGGGUCCCUUCCCUUCCUUCACCUCAUACGUUGUAUCUGUCCCCUCUUCUGCAAUGCUCCCAUAGCCUUCUGUUGGGGGAGGAUUGAUACAGAUACCCAUUUAGGGUUGAGCAUUUAUACUUAUUCUCAGCACUUAACCAGUUAUGAAGCUCUGCAUUAACCACUGCUCAUUUCUAAAUGAAGCUUCUCUGACCAAGAGCAGCACAAAUAUAUGAGUAUAAACAUUUAAGAGGGCAGUUUGGCCAGCCGGUGGUGGUGCACACCUUUAAUCCCAGCACUAGGGAGGCAGAGCCAGGUGGAUCUCUGUGAGUUCGAGGCCAGCCUGGUCUACAGAGUGAGAUCCAGGACAGGCUCCAAAACUACACAGAGAAAUCCUGUCUCAAAAAAAAAAAAAAAAAGAGGGCAGUUUGACUUCAUAAUCAUUUAUCAAAAUAGCGAUAGCAGGUUCUAUCCUAGAAUCUAUGAUCUCCUUGACAUGGAUUUUUCAUGAGGUUCACAGUACCAGGCCUGAAAUCACUCCUGUGGAGUAAACUGUGAAUGCAACCAGAAAUCAAUUGGUUAGCCCUAUAGCUGUCCUGCCACUAUGGCACCAGUGGCUACAGCUUGCCUGGUGCCUCAGUACUGUAGCAUGUAGGGUCAGCACUGGAUAUGACCAUUGUUGUCUUUCUUCCCCCAGCAGCCUGCAGAGCACCUUCUAACACUAUGAAAUCUAUCCAACCGAGAGUUUCCUGGUCAGUUCAAGAUUGAUUUACCUAAUUGAGUCCAUGUGACAAAUGCACUCAGGGACCAGUUAUGUCUAAUUCCUAUGGGGCGUUUACCCACCAACCCCACAGUUCCCCAGAGUUUUGUUGAGUGUGAGCAGCAGGAAAUAUUAGAUAGAAGGAUUUAUUGCGGAGAAUAUCGCGGAGAUAAACAGAUAGAAAAUAAAGGAUAGCCUCGAGAAGGCCUGGAACCUUUUCCAAUGAGCCCCGACUGUCUCUGCCCCAGGGUUUUUAUAAAGACGCCAAGGGUGGAGCAAAAGACCCCCUCCCCCAGCACAGCCAAGUGCAGACCAUCUCAGACACCUACACUCAGGCCCGUGGUCCUAAUCAUCCUCUAUGCAGACAUGCUGGGUAAAGCCACGAGGAACCCGAGAACGGGCUCCCACAAAUUCCUAUUACAAUAAUUGUUAAUGGAAUAAAAAGAAAGCUCAACUUUCACAAUCACUGCCUUAAAGGAAAACACAUGUUAGAUUCUUUUGGAAUGCAAAAUGGUUUUUGCUACUUCAAUAUGCAAAAAGUUGAGUUCACAUAUCCACUAAAGUAUCAGGGACUAAGGAGGACCAGCCCCUCGAUAGUCCCCUCCCAGGGUCUGGGAAGAAUUUACAACCAGCUGAUAAUUUAAUCUUUGAUGAUAUGAAAUGAAUCUACAUACAUGAAACUCUUUAGUCCAUGCACUUUAUUCUUCUGAGUCAGUUUUUUCUCUACGCUGCUUCUAUUCUGCUCUCAUGCCUAGCUUCUUUCUUGCCUGAUUUCUCUCUACAUUUAUCUGCUGUCCCCUCUGAGUUCUAUCUUAAUUCUCUCAUCUUAGUUCUGCCCCAUAUAGGUUCUCAUCCAUCUAGUUCUUCACCAUCUUAGCUCUUCUCUCCUCUCUCAUCUUGUUCUUCCUCAUCUUGUUCUUCCCCACCUGGCUCUUCCUCAUCUUCCAUCUCAUUCCUCUAGUACUCUCUUCUAGUCAUCCCAUCUAGUUCUUACCCAUCUCACUUCAUUCCUCUCCAGUUCUUCCCCAUCUAGUUCUUCCAUUCUCUUUUCUCUUCUCCAUCUAGUACUUCUCUGAAAAUAAAACUUUUUAGCCUUGGACCCUUAUCUCUCCAAGCUAUCUCUGCUCCCGCCAUUUCUGGUGAAUGUGCUUGGUCGUUAGGCAACCUGGCUAGGCAACUUACAUCACAGCUGGAUGUACCUGUAAGUUGGAACCCUUAGUUCUAAGUUAAUUGUUAAGGGUGGAUCUAAAGCUAGAGAAAAGACUUUGGAAAGGAGAAAGUUAACUUAAUUAGCACAUCCACCAGGCCUUCUCAAACAGGUAGUCCGGACGCUUAAGUCUGUUCUUAGACAGCACAGAGGUAUCUCUUAUAAGGUACUUUCUUCUAUCUGGGGAUGGUCCUGGCUGGAUGCUGCCUCUUGUAUAAUAUUAGCAGGACCAGCCUUAAUAGUAUACAUCCCAGGGGCUCAGGAGAGAAAACUACUAACAGCAAGGACUAUUUUCAGGAAAUAGAAUCUCAGCACACCGAGCUCUAUAGUCCACUUGCUUUAAUUCCUCUGGCAUAACAUCCUAUCUACACAGCUUCAGUUCUGUUUUUAUGCCUAGCUCCUUUCUUGCCUGAUUUCUCUCUAUAUUUAUCUACUGCUCCCUCUAAGUUCUAUCUUAAUUCUCUCGUCUUAAUUCUGCUUCAUCUGGGUCCUUUUUACCUUGUUCUUACCCAGCUAGGACUUCCCCAUGUGACUCUUCCUCAUCUUCCAUCUCGUUCCUCUAGUACUCUCUUCUAGCCCUUCAAUCUAGUUCUUCCACAUCUCAGUUUGUUCCUCUCAAGUUCUUACCCAUCUAGUUCUUCCAUUCUCUUUUCUCUUCUCCGUCUUCCCGUGCCCUGGAAGUCCAGGUAUAUAUACACUUACAAGCAGUAUUCCCUUAGCAGUGCAAAGCCAGGCUUCCAGGGUCAAAUGGAGGGGUGAUAAGAAGCACACAGAGACACAGUAAUUGUUAAUUAUCAUUUGCAACCCAAAAGGGAAGUGACUAAUGGGGAAAUGAAUUAACUAAAGGCUAAAUUCAGGUAAUAUCUAAGAAAAGGGAUCUUAUGUGCUCCACUAUAGUCUUAAACAUGAUUGGUAGAAAAUGUUAAGAAUCUGUAAGUUGCUAGGUCAAUGGAAGAAAAUUAAACUGCCUUUUUCCUAUGGCUCCUAUCUGUCCAAGCUACCUGCCAUUUUUCUGCAGGGUGGGGGAAGGUGUGCUCUGUCACUAGGCAACCUGUGUACAGCUAGAUGCCUCUGGUGAUAGUUAAGGGGAGAUCUGGAACUAGAGGUAAGAUUUGGGAAAGGAGGAAUUUAAGCUUAAUUGGCACAUCCUCCAGGCCCUCUCAAACGGGUAGCCUGGAUGCUUAAGUCUGUUCUUAGAGAGUACAGAGGUAUCUCUGAUAAGGUACUUUCCUCCAUCUUGGGAUGGACCUGACCGGAUGCUGCCAAUGAUGAUAAUUACAGGGAGGCUUAAACUGGGGUGGCGGAGCAUAGCUGUUAGCGCAGAAGGUUAUCUAAAUAUUCCUAGAAGUGAUUAGGUAAGGAGUUAGAGGUCUAUAAAGUUAGUAAGGCUGUAAGAAAGGAGGGUCUGAGCUAAAUUGUGUAAAACUAUUACUUAAUGUCCACCUGACCUAGGCAGUGUCUCCUUGUGGAAUUUACCUUAAAUCAGGAGACUUGCAUGUGGAGUGUUAUUACUGUUAGUCUUUGAAUGUGGCUAAGGGAGAUAUCUGAUUCCAGAGGAAGCCUUUCCUAAUGCUGUUCUCCAAAUACCUUGAAUGUGUAUGUCCAGAGAGUGAUCAGUCCACACUGUUAGCCCUUCUUAAGGAAAAAUCAAUUGGGAAAACUAUGAAGACACACAUGAUUUUCAUAACAGAAUACAGCUGAUAUAUAACAAGCCAAAAGCUCCUUGGAAUUUGGCUUCCUCUGGAGGAAUUCCUUGAUCUCUCCAGGUAGUGACUUUGCCAUAACCAGCUGAGUUCUUAUAAUAUAUUCCUGCAGCCCGCAGCAGCUGCCAAUGACGAUUAAUUACAGGGAGGCUUGAACUGGGGUUCUGGCUGUUCAUAGCUGUCAGCACAGAAGGUUAUCUAAAUAUUCCAUUAAUAGAGGGGAAAUGGUGCCCAAUAAAUGGUGGAAAAGCUACAAUAGCACACGAGAAAUUCAUAGUAGGAAACGGCUAAUAAUCAAAAACCAAUAUCACCAAGACUCCCUGAGCCUCAGCUUGACCUCUGGAAGGCCCUUGGCUUCUUCCAGAUAUUAGCUUGUCAUAAUCAGCUGAAAUCCUGCUUCAUAUAUUUUUGUUGCUUGCAGCACUAAAGUUGUGUGUGGGGGGGGUGACUAUGAUUUAGCUGAAUAGCUUUGUAUCCUCUUUCAUGACUCAUAUGUCCUUUUGCCUACUUUCUGUCUCUCCUCAUUACCUAGGACUACCCUCUCUUUGUCUCUUUUAUAAAUUUUUGGUUUUUACCCACACUUUAUCUGUUUGAGAGGGGUUAUGUAACCUGAUUGUUUUCUCAUUUACUCUGUUUAAAGCUAUAUCAAAUAAUUGUAUUAUAGUGUUUGCUAAUAAUUAAUUUGUAUUACUGUAUAUAAAAUAAAGUAUGUUUUUUUCUUUCUUUA